AAGUUCAUAUACUCUGCGUAGGGACCUUUCGUGAUGUGUAUCGUCAUUGGCUGGUAUGAAUAGUAAUUAUCGUACAAUGCGGUAUUUCUUGGGCACUGCUCUACAAAUCAAACUGGAUAUUCCGAUAACGAAAACCUGCUCCCUUUUUAAAUAACUACGCCACCCGACAAUAAGCACACUCCAAAGCUGAAGGCUCCAAAACCGUUGGACUAUCGUCCAUUGAACGACGGACCACUUCCGGCGCGAAAAUUCGUACGGUUCCUUGUGUGAAAUUUAUUGUUCCCGAUCAAAAGAAGUGACGAGAAACAUCUGAAUUAGAAACAUAAGUUACAAGAUAUGUUUUUCAAACAACCGGUAUUAUUUGUUAUUUUUACUGUAGAAAAAAUUUGUGUGCUUGUUACUUUGAGAAAUUCGAAAACAUGAGGCAUUACAUUAAAAGAUGGUUGCGAAUUUGAAAACAAGAGAUGUUUCAUGUUUAAUGCUUCAUGUUUGAUAAUGUCUAAAUGUAACUACUUGUGGGUUUUUCGAGGUACUCAGACUGGAGGGCGAUCUAACCUUUGCUGUUUUGUCAUUACAGAAUGAGAAAUGUCUUAGUGUUAGUAACUUGUUUAGUACUUAAAGCGUGAAAAUCGUCCUCGUUUCAUUAGUGGUUUAUUUCAGAAUAGAAAAAAAUUUGGUUUAUGAUGACACUUGUGCUUGAUGGAGUGGCACCUGAACAGACACUGGUCCUAUUGAAAUUAGAAGAUGCUCGUGAUCUCCAUCAAGCAUUGAGGGCACUCGAUUUUCGAGAGAAUUGUGUUAUCGAUAUUAGCAAGAAUGGUUUGCGAAUUGUUGUGGAUGAUCAGAAUUGUGUUCAAGGAAUAGCUUACUUUAAAAGCGAUUUAUUUACUGAGUUCAUUCUAAAUGAAGAUGUUGUAACGUUUCGCAUACCUCUCUAUAUUUUCACGGAAUGCUUGAGCGCUUUUGGUGCUGGAGUCAGUACAGUUCUGAAAAUGACUUACGAUGGUUACGGUGAACCUCUCAAAGUCAUGCUCGAAAAGGAUGGAACUGUUGCAAGAUGUUUAAUCAAAACCCAAAAUCCAGAUGUGGUACUUGAUUUUGAUUUCAAUCCUGCCAGUGUUGCUGCAAAGGUUAUAAUGAAACCAUGGAUGCUGAAAGAAACAUUUCACGAGCUUGAUCAGAGCAGCCCAUCCGUUGGUUUCAGAAUUGACCGAUUUUCAUUGAGUGUAAUCACAGAAGGAGAUCUGGGUACAAUCAAGACGAAGUUUCCACAUUAUUCUGAGCAAAUCGAACGAUUGGAAUGUAAACAGCAUGUCGAGUUUGCCUAUAGGCUGAGUCUAGUAAAGCGAAUGACUUCCUCGUUAGAUAUCUGCAGUAAGUUGUCUCUCCGUAUUGAUCACCGAGGCAUACUGUCUAUACAAUUUAUGGUGGAGCAUAAUGAAAACCAUCAUAUCUUUCUUGAAUUCUUUUGUAUACCUGAUAUCCCUACAUCGGAAGAGGAAAAUAUCUCUGUGGAUUAAUGCUACAAUAUAUUUGGAUUAUGAUCACUUCCGGAGAAACACAGUAUUUGCUACGAAUCCAACAUUUUUCCAAUGAGUGCAGAAACGUUUCCGGUCACUGCACGUUUUUUGCGCAGAAGAUAUUUCAGCAGGAUUUAUUUUUGAAUUGAUGAGCCUUCUCCAUGCGGUUCCAAACGAUUGUUUCAGUCUGUGAUUUUCAAGUCUUAAUUUAUAUGGACAUUCAGUCAAUGAAAUGGUAAUGCAAAUCUGAGCGACUCGGGACUUCAAUUGCAGAAAUUGAGCCUUGGUAUUUGGAAUCAUGACAGUACCUACAUUCGGAAAUUCUAGUGAAUCACGAGAAUACGAAAGAUUAUAAGCUGAUUGAUAAGCCUUCAUGGAAAUCCAUGAAAGUCGUUAUGUACUAUCAGCAAACGGCUGGAAAGUCCUGGUCAGGUAUUUACUCUGUGGAGGCGUAAAAACUAGGAAGUUAAUGAAUAAUGGAAAAGGACAAAAAUGUCCCGUUCUUUUCAUUCCAAGCCCACCUGUUGAAUUUCCUCGUUGUUGCCUCUGUUGUAGGUGUUAUUACUGUACCUGUAAUUGAUAAUUUUGUUGUCACUGUUUCGUUGCUUAGUACUUCUACUAGUUUGCAAAAACCACAUGAUUCGGGGCAGAAAGCCUGCAUAAAUGCGUUCGAAAUUGUGCA